AUGACAGCAACAAACAACAGCAACAGCAACAGCAACUUUAUCAUUUCUGAUGAACAAGUUAUUGAUUCAUUAGCUGAGGAAUUAGUUGUGGCAGAAACUAAAAUCCUCAACGAAAGAAUUGGUGAAAACAAGAUUGAUUUACAUAACUACCUCAAACAUGAUGGAGGAAGAGGAAGGAAAACUGGUACAGCUUUAUUAGUAAAUAAAAUUUCGAAUUUAACGAUUAUAGAUGUUGAUAUCAAUAAAUCAUACAAUGAUGAACUUAAAGAAACAGUUAGAAAAGACAUUUUAUCAAAACUUUCGGAUAAAGAUGUUAUCGUUAAAACCGCUUCAGGAGGUCUUCACAUUUAUUGCAACACUAAUUUCUUCUAUUCAACCUCGAACAGAAUGAUUAAAUGUUAUUCCUGCAAUGAUUAUGAUAUUGAUAUCAUGACUUCUAUGGAUGAUUCAAAGCGUUCAUUAGUGGUUAUGGCUGAUUCAAGAGUUCGAAAGAAUGCAACAGAACCAAUCAAUACAUACUCAUUCAUUCGUGGAAGUUAUGAUUCAACAUUAACCAGAACAGUGAAUGAUAUAUUAAAUGAUUUGAAUAUUAAGGUAAGAGUUGAACAGAAGAACGAAGAAAUAAAGAAUAUCAUGAAUGAAAACAAAGAUGUAAACAUUGACGAUAAACUUGCCCAGAGCAUAGUUGAUGGCAUCUGUGAUUUUGAAGUACAUAAUGACGGUGGAAACAUGAAUUUAGAAAAAGAAGUUACAUUAUUCACACUGUUUCAAGCUAUUAAUUCGUUACCUAAUCAUUUAAUUAAUGAAGCAUACGAUAACGUUUAUAACUU